AUGUCAGCCGAUGUACCUCUCUAUUUGACACAUGUGGAACAUACGCUAGAAGUACCAGAUGUGCAUGAUACGUUCCGCAGUGCGUUUCAAGGACAUGGGUCCCAGCUUCCACGUGUACCUGUGAUCCACGCCUUUGGUGUACGUGAGGAUGGUGUGCAUUGUUGUGUGCAUGUGCACAAUGUAUUUCCCUAUCUUUACGUGGAGUACAAUGGAGAAUUGGAGCCAGAAACAGUGUUUGCGUACAUUACGCGCUUGGGGAAGGCGCUUAACGCUGCCAUUGCUACCUCCCUUCAUCAGCCAUCGUCAGCGGUGCAGGCCAUUGUGGCCAUCCAUUUAUGUAAAGGCAUUCCAUUUUAUGGAUAUUAUGAGACGUACCGCUACUACUUGAAGAUAUCGUACAACGAUCCUCAACUGCGCACACGCCUCGCAACACUCUUGGAAAGCGCUCAGGUGCUCAAGACGGCAAUGCAGCCAUACGAGGCUCAUGUUCCUUAUCAUUUGCAAUGGAUGAUGGACUACAAUUUGUUGGGAUGUGAGGUGAUGUUCUGCGACAAUGUCGUGGAACGGACUCAGGCGCGGCUGUCAUACAGUACGUAUGAAGGCGAUAUGCAAGCGCGCGAUAUCCGUAACCGUCGUGAGGUUCAUGCGUCGCCACCGGCACCAUCGCAAGACGCCACACAGGAUCCCGCGCAGUUGUUGGUCCCAAGUUUGCGUGCGCUAUGGGCACAAGAUCGAGCGCGUCGGGAGCAAUGCGGCUUAGAUCCAACACCGUCCUUCCCUACUGAUGUGCACAAUGUGACAGCCAAUGAGAUGACAUGGACAGCCUCUGCCCGAUACAAAGCCGCAUGGGAUGCAAGGGCCCAGCAAGAUGAGGCCCCUCAACCUAAGCCAGCAGAAGCGCCCGCAUUGGAUCAGUACAUAUUGCGUACGUACGACACGGUCGACCUGUUUCAUGGGCAGGGCUGGGAAGCCAUUGCGUCCGUGGAACCGUCCAAAUCAACCAAGAUGUGGGAGCUCGGUCUAGCUACGCCAUCUCAGCCACCCGCUUUCUCUUCGCUGACGCCAACCUCGCAUAGCACGGCCGUACCGACAUGGGCGGAGACGACAUGCAGCAUGGUCCCUUCAAGCUUCCCUACUGAGUCUCCCUGGCCGGCAAAACCGGAGGCUUCUCCCACCAAGGACCUAUCUACCACGGAAACAAAGACGAUUGGUCCUUCAGGAUCAUUCGUGUACCAACCCGCGGCGCCGACCUACCAAGACCUUUUGCGCACAUGGCCCGCUUGUAUCUCCCCCGAGGCCGAAGAGAAUGUGUGUCACUAUACCCAUACGUCAGAUCGGCCAGCUCAGGCCUUUUAUUAUGCGGGCACGACCAAGACACCUCCCUCGAUAGGCCUCGAUGGCCUGCCACCUUUCCGCUCGACGUGGUCCCAGUCUCAUUCUUCCUUACGUACACCUGCGCACAUUUGUACAUGGACGUAUACCCCUCGACCUCCAUCUGUGGCAAAUGUGCGUCAAUGGCUUGAUAACGAGGCAAUGCAGCGCUCUCAACAAAGCGCCGCACACCAGGCACGGUUUCAAGCGUGGCGUGCGUCGCUGGGCUCGCGUCCGUCGCACCGUCCGCCCAUGUCCUCCGACGAACAGAAGCAGCCAGGAGAAAAGAAACAUAUGACAGUGCUGGGCCUGUAUGUUCUUGCACAUACUCGCCAUGAUCUGCACCCCGAUCCUGUGCACGAUGCUAUACACGCUGUAGUGUAUACAUGGAUGGAAGAGGCACUGGAAACGAGUAGCGAGAAUGCGCCUAACACGUACCAUUCUGGUGUGAUCCUCGUAAGAGAAACGCCUGUUCGACUUGGCCUUGCCAUGCCGAUCACCGUGGUCGAGACAGAGUUGGAGUUGCUUAAUACACUCACAGAUCUGGUGCGUGCUCUCGACCCAGACAUUUUGGCUGGCUACGACAUUUCACGUACGUCGUGGGGCUACGUCGUGGCGCGAGCACAUCAUGUGUAUGCGUACGAGGUCACAGCGGAGUGGGGCCGAUUGCGGGCGACUGCCUCGAUGCGGAGCAAGUACACGACAGCAUGGAUGGAGUCGCGAUCGUCAUCGGUGCAUGUAAGUGGGCGUUAUGUUCUGAAUAUUUGGCGCAUUAUGCGAAGCGAGACCGCCUUGACGAUGUAUUCGUUGGAACAUGUUGCGUCGCAUGUACUGCGAGAACGUAUGCCACGGUAUGCGCCACGCACGCUCGCAUCCUGGCUACGUUCAGGCAGGGCGCAUGAGAAUGUGUGCGCCUUGCAGUACGGUGCACGAUACGCGCACACCAUGCUGAGACUGCUGGCCAAGACCGAAGUGCUUACGCGCACCGCCGAAUUUGCACGCAUGUACGGAGUAGACUUUUUCUCUGUCCUCUCUCGUGGCUCGCAGUUCAAGGUGGAAUCGGUCCUGCUCCGUAUUACCAAGCCACGAAGCUUUGUCCUGCCCUCGCCGAAUCGCACACAAGUAGCGCAGCAGAACGCAGCCGAAUGCAUCCCCCUGAUUCUCGAGCCACGGUCGGGGCUGUAUACAGGCCCAGUGGUAGUGCUGGACUUUCAAAGUUUGUACCCAUCGAUGAUGAUGGCCUACAACCUGUGCUACUCAACCUGCCUCGGUCGCACACAGACAUUCAAAGGCGCGUACAAGUUGGGUUUUACCACGGUCUCGCCCACGCCGGGUAUGGCGCAACGUCUGCAUCACGACGUGUUUAUCGCUGCCAACGGCCUGGUGUUUGUGCAGCCGCAUAUCCGCGAGAGCGUGCUUUCCCGCAUGCUGCGCGAAGUGUUGGAAGCGCGAACGAUGACCAAGGCAUCGAUGAAACUCUUCCCGCACGCGAAGGCAUUCCAGCGGCGGCAGCAUGCACAGCAGCUCGCCUUGAAGCUUUUGGCGAACGUCACGUAUGGGUACUGUGGAGCCAGUGCCUCUGGACGUAUGCCAUGUGUGGAGUUGGCGGAUGCCAUCGUGCAAUGUGGCCGAGAGACGCUGGAGCGGGCGAUGUCAAUGAUUGAGAGCGAUCCUGCAUGGGAGGCACAGGUAAUUUAUGGCGAUACAGACAGUUUGUUUGUCUACCUGCCAGGGCGCAGUCGCGAGGAAGCUUUCCGGAUCGGCCAUGAAAUGGCUACACGCGUCACCGAGAGCAACCCACCGCCUGUCCGCCUGAACUUUGAGAAGGUAUACCACCCAGCUAUGUUUGUUGCGAAGAAACGGUAUGCAGGGUACAAAUACGAUACGCCUACUCAAACCCAGCCAACGCUUGACGUGAAAGGUCUAGAGAUGAUCCGUCGUGAUGGUCAUGUGGCUCUGCAGCGGAUGCAGGAAGCGUGUCUACGUAUCCUCUUUGAGACGCAGGAUUUGUCCCUUGUCAAACGGUACUGCCAGCGGCAAUGGGCGAGAUUGUAUGCAGGCGAAGUCUCGCCCCUGCACUUGAUUAUCUCAAAGGAAGUACGGCUCGGGACGUACGCCUCUCAAGCAGCGAUGCCGCCUGGCGCAGUCGUUGCUAUGCGACGCAUGAUAUAUGACCCUGCUGCUGCACCGCAUGCUGGUGAGCGUGUACCGUAUCUUCUGCAUGCCGGUGCGCCCUCGGCCCGCCUUGCAGACCUUGCUUGUGCGCCUGAUGGCCUGGCCGCCGCCCAGGAAGAGGGGCCAUCGGCUACACCGUCUCUCCACAUCGACUACUAUGUACGACGGACUAUCCUCCCGGCGCUCGAGCGCCUACUCAACUUGGUAGGCGUCUCUGCUCAGCGUUGGCUUGACGAAAUGCCAAAGCACCAACGUAUAUCGCUCCUAACGCGCCCCUGCCCAGUUUGUGCGCAGCCCACCUAUGAAGCGAUGUGCCCUGAUUGCCGUCAGAAUCCAGAAACGUCCGCGUACCGCGUUGUGUCUACAGUACAUACGCUCGAAACGAAGCAGCAAGCCAUGCAUACCACCUGCUACGCGGCCUGUACGGCCGGCGUGGAUCCUCGGCCAUGUAUGGCGAUCGAUUGUCCGACCUGGUAUACCCGGCAACGCACAGAUCGCGCCGCAGCUCAACAGCAUGAGACGUUUCGUACCAUGACUUCUCAGUUCUCUACCCCUACAAGCGAUCCAUGGGCUUGGUAG